GUAAAAGGUUUUACGGGCAGAUGCAACGUCUCCCCUUUUUCAAAACCACUCCUGUUUAUUUUUUGCUUCCGAAACAAACUCACCAAGCAGAUCUGAAAGCUCCAAGAGCCGGUUACUACAGCGGACACAUCCGUACAUAAGAGCUGCCGUGAUCAUGGAGAAACUAGGAAAAACAACAAGUCUAAAGAAGAUUCUAAUUUGUGCAUCUUUUGCAAUAACAAUUAUAUUAAUCAUCACCAUGACCAGGAUGCUGUACAAGACACCAGAAUGCCUGAAGCCUCCACGGACAGAUUAUCUCUCAGUCACUCCAUGGCUAGCGCCGAUUGUAUGGAAUGGUCUCUACAAUAUAGACAUACUCAACGCACAAUUCCACAAGAGAGGAGUUCACAUUGGACUGACUGUGUUUGCUAUUAGAAAAUACACUAAGUUUAUCAAACAUUUUCUGGACACAGCUGAGAAGUUUUUCAUGACUGGACAUCGGGUCGCUUAUUAUGUAAUGACCGACCAGCCCGCUGCCAUCCCCAACAUUACACUGGGUGAAAAGAGAAAUCUGGUUGUCCUGGAGGUCCCCGCCUACAAAAGAUGGCAGGACAUCACCAUGAGGAGGAUGCAGAUUAUUCGAGACUACAUCCAUGAUCGGUUCGUCAAUGAGGUGGACUAUCUGGUGUGUCUAGAUGUGGACAUGGAGUUCAAAGACCAGGUUGGGGUUGAGAUCCUCAGUGAUGUUUAUGGCGUCAUCCAUCCGGGUUUUUUCACAUCGUCUCGCAAGGAGUUCCCCAAUGAAAGGCGACCUCAGUCUGCAGGUUACAUCCCUGAAGACGAGGGCGAUUUCUAUUACACAGGGUCCCAUUUUGGAGGCACGGUGGAAGAGAUCUACAAGUUGACCAAUCAUUGCCACCACGCCAUGCUGGCCGAUAAAGACAUAAACAUAGAAGCUCUUUGGCAUGAUGAGAGUUAUCUCAACAGAUAUUUCCUGUAUUACAAACCCACCAAGCUCCUGUCUCCAGAGUAUUCCUGGAACUACUACUUUGGAGACUCUGCCGUGGUGGAGAAGAAGAGAUUUGUCGAUCUCCCUAAGGAAUAUGAGAAAGUACGUGACAACCCGUGAUGCUCCAUAUAGCGGAUUGGAGAUUGAGGGGUUUUAUGUAAUUUCUCUAAUACUUCCUUAGUCCUCAUCCUCCCCCAUAUUAGCUUAGACCUCUUUGGUCUUGAGUUCUCGUAUCUCGAGAGGCUUCUGUGUUACUCCUCAUGGAUGAUACAUGAAGCUGAUUGUGCCUGUACAGAUCCUGCUGCCAUUCUGGUGAAGUGUAUUACAAUGGCGAUGAGAUGUAGCAUACUUUGUGAGUUGAUACCCUGAUACACAGUAACAUUUAACUGGUUAAAGAUGGUCAGUCUACCUUUUAAAUUUAACGCCGUUAUUCAGCAGCGCCCCUCGACAUUCCUCGCUGUUAUUUAAGUGUCUAUGAUCUUGGUGGCAAAUGUAGACAAUACGCAAUUAUUGUUUUUGAAUAAAAAAAAAAUUGAAAAUGGGAAAUGAUUU